AAUUUGUAAUUUUAUCAAACUGAAAUAAAGCAAACAGAGCAAAGAACCAAAAAGAGUGAAGGAGAGCGGACGAGGUUGAGUCAGAAAUGGCGACGGAAACCGGAGACGAGGCGAUGGCAGCCGAAUCGGAGGCAGUGAGAGCAACCAUUGUUACUUCUUCCAAUAAAACCCCAAGGCUUUUCAUAAGAGAAAUGGUUAUGCGAAACUUCAAAUCAUACGCUGGUGAACAGCGCGUUGGUCCUUUCCACAAGAGUUUUUCUGCAGUGGUUGGACCGAAUGGAAGUGGAAAAAGCAAUGUAAUCGAUGCAAUGCUUUUCGUUUUCGGAAAGAGAGCAAAGCAGAUGAGACUUAAUAAAGUAUCUGAGCUUAUUCAUAAUUCCACAAAUCACCAAAAUCGGGAUAGUGCUGGUGUUUCUGUUCAUUUUCAGGAGAUCAUUGACCUGGAUGAUGGAAACUAUGAAGUUGUGCCAGGGAGUGAGUUUGUUAUCACUCGGGUUGCCUUGCGUGAUAACUCAUCCAAGUAUUACAUUAAUGACCGUGGAAGUAAUUUUACUGAGGUCACCAAGAAACUCAAAGGGAAAGGGGUUGACUUGGACAAUAAUCGUUUUCUGAUUCUUCAGGGUGAAGUUGAGCAGAUUUCAUUGAUGAAGCCCAAAGCACAAGGGCCCCAUGAUGAAGGUUUUCUCGAAUACUUAGAAGACAUAAUUGGAACUGAUAAAUAUGUUGAAAAGAUUGAAGAAUCAGCCAAGGAGCUGGAAUUUCUCAAUGAGAAAAGGUCUGGGGUUGUGCAGAUGGUUAAACUAGCAGAGAAAGAACGAGACAGCUUGGAGGAUGUGAAGAAUGAAGCAGAGUCCUUUAUGCUUAAACAGUUAUCACUUUUGAAAUGGCGAGAGAAAGCUACAAAUUUAGCUCACGAGGAUAAUAGUGCCAAGAUGGCUGAAAUGCAAACAAAUGUAUCUAACCUAGAAGAAAACUUAAAGGCUGACAGGGAGAAAAUUCAAGAAAGUCGUAAAUCUUUGAAAGAGCUUGAGGCUGUGCACAAGACAUAUGUCAAAAGACAAGAGGAACUUGACAUUGGUCUUAGAAAUUGUAAAGAGGCGUUGAAGGAGUUUGAAAGGCAGGAUGUUAAAUAUCAGGAGGACUCAAAGCACAAGAAGCAAAAGAUCGAGAAACUUAAAAAUAAACUUGAGAAGGACUCGGCAAAGAUUGACGACUUGACAAAGGACUGUAAGAACUCGAGUAAUAUGAUUCCAAAACUUGAGGAGGAUGUUCAAAAACUGCAAAAACUCUUGGUAGAUGAGGAAAGAGUAUUAGAAGAUAUAAUAGAGAAUUCCAAAGUCGAAACUGAAAAAUAUCGCUCUGAGCUUGUUAAGGUUCGUGCUGAAUUAGAACCUUGGGAAAAACAACUUAUUGAUCACAGGGGAAAGCUUGAAGUUGCAUGUACUGAAAGCAAGCUUUUGAGUGAGAAGCAUGAAGCUAGUCAUGCAGCUUUUGAAGAUUCACGAAAGCAGAUGGGUAAUAUAUUGGGAAGAAUUGAAAAUAAAUCUGCAAGCAUUGAAAAACUACAAAAUGAUAUGGAAAAUCUCAAGCACAAAGCAUCGGAAGCUCAUAAAGUGGAACAAGAAUGCACAAAAAAACAAGAAGCUCUAAUUCCAGAAGAACAAACGGCAAGACAGAAGGUUGCAGAACUUAAAACCAUAGCUGAAUCUGAGAAAAGUCAGGGUUCAGUUAUGAGAGCAAUUUUGCAGGCCAAGGAGUCUAAUAAAAUAGAGGGAAUUUAUGGCCGAAUGGGAGAUUUAGGAGCUAUUGAUGCAAAAUAUAAUGUGGCUAUAUCUACAGCAUGUUCUGGACUUGAUUACAUUGUGGUGGAGACAACUGCUGCAGCCCAAGAUUGUGUUGAGCUGCUAAGAAGAGAGAAUCUCGGAGUUUCAACUUUCAUGAUAUUGGAAAAGCAAGUUGAUCUUUUGCCGAAGAUGAAGUCUAAAGUAAACACUCCUGAUGGAGUUCCACGCCUUUUUGAUCUGGUCAGAGUUCAGGACGAAAGGAUGAAGCUUGCAUUCUAUGCUGCCCUGGGCAACACUGUUGUCGCAAACAAUCUGGAUCAGGCAACACAAAUCGCAUAUGGUGGAAACAUGGAAUUCCGGCGUGUGGUUACUCUUGAUGGUACACUUUUUGAAAAAUCUGGUACAAUGAGCGGUGGGGGAAGCAAGCCACGUGGUGGAAAAAUGGGGACAUCUAUUCGAGCCACCAGUGUUUCUGUAGAAGCUGUUACAGAUGCUGAGAACGAGGUCUCCACUUUGGCUGGAAAGUUAAAUUGCAUCCGCCAAAGCGUAGUUGAUGCCGUAAAAAGUUACCAAGUCUCAGAAAAAGCAAUUGCUAACCUUGAGAUGGAAUUGGCUAAAAGUCAAAAAGAGAUUGAUAGUUUGAAGUCUGAACAUAGUUAUCUUGAAAAGCAACUUGGCUCGCUAGAGGCUGCAUCACGACCAAAGAAGGACGGGCUUGACAGGCUUAAGGAGCUGAAGAAAAUUAUAUGUUUAGAGGAAAAAGAGAUUGACAGACUUACACAAGGAUCUAAAAACCUCAAGGGGAAGGCCUUGGAAUUUCAGAAUAAUAUAGAAAAUGCUGGUGGUGAAACUCUAAAAGCACAGAAGAAAAAAGUCAAGAAGAUUCAGUCUGAUAUUGACAAGACAAGCACAGAAAUAAACCGUCACAAGGUUCAAAUUGAGACAAAUCAGAAAAUGAUAAAGAAGUUAACUAAAGGCAUUGAGGACUCCAAGAAGGAGACGGAUCAACUUGUUGAGGAGAAGGAAAAACUCUCGAGUGUUUUCAACGAAAUACUGGAGAAGGUUUCUGCUGUUAAAGAGAAUCCCGAAAAGACACGGCAGCUAAUUGAUGAACACAAGGAAGCGUUGGUUAAAGCAGAAUCUGAUUAUGAAACUGUGAAGAAAGUUGUUGAUGAUUUGUUGGUUAAAGCAGAAUCUGAGUAUGAAACUGUGAAGAAAGUUGUUGAUGAUUUGAGGGCAUCGGAGGUUGAUGCCGACUACAAGUUACAAGAUAUAAAGAAGGGCUACAAGGAGUUGGAACUGAAGGGAGAGAGUGACAAGAAAAAGCUUGAUAACCUGCAAAGUGCUCUUACACGACAUAUGGAGCAAAUUCAGAAAGAUCUAGUAGACUCUGAAAAGCUUCAAACAACCUUGUCAGAUGACGCUCUUGCAAAAGCCUGUGACCUCAAAAGGGCAGAGGAAACUGUAGCAUUGCUGGAAGCACAGCUCAAAGAGAUGAAUCCAUAUCUGGACUCAAUCUCAGAAUAUCGAGUAAAGGUUUCCUCAUAUAAUGCGCGAGUUGAGGAGUUGAACAUGGUCACUCAACAACGGGAUGAUCUAAAAAAACUGCAUGAUGAGUGGCGAAAAAAAAGGCUAGAUGAGUUCAUGGCUGGAUUUAAUUCAAUAUCCUUGAAGUUAAAGGAAAUGUAUCAGAUGAUUACACUGGGAGGAGAUGCAGAACUUGAGCUGGUGGAUUCUUUGGAUCCCUUUUCAGAAGGAGUUGUCUUCAGUGUCAGACCGCCUAAGAAGAGCUGGAAGAACAUCGCCAACUUAUCUGGUGGAGAAAAGACUCUUAGCUCAUUGUCUCUUGUGUUUGCACUUCAUCACUACAAGCCAACACCUCUAUAUGUAAUGGACGAAAUCGAUGCUGCUCUAGAUUUCAAGAAUGUUUCUAUCGUGGGACAUUACGUGAAAGACCGAACUAAGGAUGCACAAUUCAUCAUCAUCAGCCUUAGAAACAACAUGUUUGAGUUGGCUGAUCGACUUGUCGGAAUUUACAAAACCGACAACUGCACAAAGAGCAUUACAAUCAAUCCAGGCAGUUUUGUGGUUUGCGGAAAUGCUGCUUAAUUACUUCUCGAUUUAUAAUUUAUGAUGCUAAGUAUGAUACUUCGCCAUCGUGGCUCCUCUUGUACAGGCCUGAUUGCAAAUAUCAACUUGAUAUUUAUUCUGGAACUUUACAUUUUAAUGUGAAGAAUUACUGUGCCAAGUACUAGUGCACAUGGAUUGUGGCUCGGACCGGUUUAUUUUGUAGAUGCUAUGAUAAGAUCAUGAUAACACGUUUCCCUUUAACAAUUAAACUGUAUUCUAACUUAUUUACAAUAGUAAUGGCUGUUUUAUCUGUUA